UUUCCAUAAAUGCUGUAUCAUAUCUAAUAGGAUUUCAUGGUUCGGGUCACUUUGGACUACAGCUAAGACACUUCUGCUAAACGUUAUCCCACACUGCCCUCAUGUGGUGAGAAUAGUGUGUGUCAGUGUCUGAAAACAGGUCCCAUGGGGGCUGCUGUUCCAUCCGGCUGUGGCAGGUGGAAAGUGCACUGAGAUAUGUCCCCUUGGGUUGCCGUGGUAUCAGGUGCCAGGCUCUCCUGGUCUGGUAUCAGCUUACCUCCUCGCCUGUCAUCAGAACUUAGAGGCUCUAAUCGACUAUCCUCUUAGGUCUACAUACAUGGAUAUUCAACUUUGAGUGUUUCACAGUUGCUGGAACUGGGUUGAUCUGGGCGUUAAACGUUAUUUACUUUUGCGUUAGCAUUCGUUUUCAAGGUAGGUAAACUAUGGCAGCCUACGCUUUAAAUUUUGUCUUGAUUGUGCUUGUUGUCUUUUGUCCACGGGUCGCAGUGUCGUUCAGUCCUUCUCUCCAUAUCUCUCUCAGCUAGCUACAGUACUCUCACUCUAACCUUCCCUUGGUCCGUCACCGAUGCAGACUUAAUACUGUAGCCUUUCUCUACUAAAAUCCAACCUCCCUUCCAGACCCAUGACCGAGGGCAGCACUAAUGUAGGGGUGCGCGUUCCCCAAGACACCAAGACAGUGGCAGCGUUGGCAGAUGAGAGGGUUGAUUUUAUCCGGGAGCAGGUGUUCUGCAUUCUGCGUGUAAAGACAGACAAAUGGAACCGUUUCAUUGGGGCAGAGGAGAACCAGAAGAUUCUACUGGACUUCCUGGACCAUGUCUGGAGUGACAGACUACUGCUCUUCACUGGCCCUGGGGGAACACUACAUGCUGGGGAUGCACAGACAUCCGGCCCAUGGAAGACUAAGCUACUGUGUGUGCUGAAGAAGGGGGUUCUGAAAAUCUCUAGACAGGGCUACAGGACUCAGCUGUGGCUGGGGGAGGUCUCUGGACACCCCAUGGAGCACAUGCCACUACUAAUCUCUGAGAUUCUGGUCUCGGUGUUGUCUAACUCCCUGAACCACGGAGGGUGGCCCCGGGUGGUGUCUGAGGACAUCCACCGCCACCUGGAGCAGCUGAGAAGCAGUGUGGUGACCCUGAGAGGCAGGGCAGAGGGACGCACCCUGCUGCCACUCCCACUGUGUGUGGAGAGAGCUCAGCCCCAGGACGUAACGGUCAGCUCCACUGGCUGGCUGGUGGACCGGGCUCUGCUGUACUCCAUAGAGACCUUGGUGAUCCAGUGGUCUGGUCAGAUCUGGAGCGUUCUGAAGAGAGACUCCGGCCUGGUGCUGCAGCAGGGGGCGCACCCAGGCCCCACAGCAGAGCUCCACUUCUGGGCCACUCAGAGAGACAACCUGCUAGGCAUCCAUUCGCAGAUCCAGGACCCUAAGGUGGCACAGAUGAUGGAGAUUCUGAGGAGGAUAAACAGCAGUUACUAUGACUCCUUCAACAACAUCUGCCUCAAAGUCAACCAGGCGGUCCUGGAGGCUGAGGACAUUGACCUGUUCCUAAGACCACUGAGGAGACUGAUUAGUAGUUUGGAAGAGAGGAGUUUCACCCAGGUAGAGAUGCUGUUGCCUCCUCUCUUCCACACACUGUGUCUUAUCUGGAGUCGCUCCCGGUACUACUGCUGCCCUCAACGCAUGGUGGUCCUCCUGCAGGAGUUCUGCAACUUACUCAUAGAGAAGACAGUGGCAUAUCUGAUCCCAGAAGAGUUGUUUAAGAUGGAGCUGGAGGAGGGCGUAGAGAGGGUCCAGGUGACCAUCAGUGUUCUGCAGAGCUUUAAGUGUCUGUUCCACACACACCGCCUGCGAAUCCCCCAGUACUACCGCCUCGGGGAGAAGGUCCAACACUGGGACUUCCCAUCCACACUCGUCUUCCACAGGACUGACCGCAUCCUGGAGAGGCUGCUCAUGAUCGAGGAGCUGUUUGUAUCAGCGCUGGACUUCCUGAAGCUGGAGAAGGUGGAGCUGGGAGGGGUGCGAGGGAAGAUGCUCAGUGAGAUGGUGUUCACUAUGAACGAGGAGUUCCAUGACAGCUGGAGAACUCUGAGGGAGAGCAAAUACGACCCACUGGAUUACACUAAACAGGACUUCCUGAUGGACUACAGGGGUUUCAUGGAGCAGAACAGGGACUUUGACCAAAGACUUGGAGCCGUUCUCAACCUGGCAUUCCAGCACUCCAAAGGCCUGGAGUCUGCCUUCAAGCUCCUCCAGAUCUUCGGGACCCUGCUGGAGAGACCCAGGAUCAACCAGCUGUUCUCCCCAAACUAUAGCACCCUGCUGGGCAUGUUCAACACAGAGAUUGACCAAUGUCAGCUCAUCCUGGAUCAACAGAAGGAGCUGGUGCGGUCGGGCUGUGUGGUUCUCCAUAAGAACAUGCCGCCAGUGGCGGGGAACCUGAAGUGGUCGCAGGAGCUACGUGACCGCAUCCUGUUAAACCGCAACAACCUCAACCAUCUCAUUCACAUGCCGCUGCAUUCUGCUGAGGCACAGGAUGUUCUCCAGAAGUGUGAACGGGUUCUAGAGGUACUAGACCAGCACGAUGAAGAGCUAUUCUCCGUGUGGACAGAGGGGUUGGAGGACCUCUGUAACACACACCUCCAGGAACCCCUACUCACUGCAGACGUGGAGACGGGUCUGUUCCAGGUCAACUUCAGCCCUGCACUGACCUCAGUGCUGAGGGAGGUCAAGUACCUGGACAUGCUGAAGAGCCACAGCAUCCCUGAAGCUGCGCUACACCUCUACUCCAAACAAGAGACACUCUGCAUGUACACCCAGACCUUGGCCCUGAUAACCCAUUGGUACAACCGCCUGCACAGCACCAUCCUGGCUGUGGAGCUGGGAUUGGUUAAGGAUGAGAUGGGCGGGACCAGGCGGCAGCUAGAUCCCGCCCUCCGAGAACUGACCUGGAGUAGGGAUGACUUAUGGGAAUACAUCAAGACAACGCGAGACCUGGUGCAGGAUGUGUCCUCUAGGGUCCAGUCCAGCAAGGCUAAUGUUGAGUCCAUUCAGGCUCUGAUGGGGAAGUUUAGUCACCAGGCCUUCAUCACCAGGAAGACCAGGGGUUCUACCCUCCUCAUCCUCGCUGACAUGGAGGAGAGUAUCCGCAGACAGUACACACUCAUCACCAACACAGGGGAACAGAUACACACACUGUUACAGGAGAACCGGUCUCUGUUAGGGGUCUCAGACCCAGACUGUGCAGAGUGGAGGUCUUACACUGAGUAUGUAGACAGCAUGGUUCUUGCAGGGUUCUCCAGUGCAGUACGCUGUUCCCUACAGUACCUAAUCGACAACACUGACCCAGACCUCCCCAUUGCCCCACUCUUUGAGAUCCAGCUGGUCCUCAACACCAAUGAGAUGACCUUCGAACCCUCCCUGGAUAUUAGUCACAAGAGCAACUUCUAUGAUAUAAUUGACAAGAUGGUGAGGGACAUCACCAGGAUGGCGUCAUUUAUACCCCGGGUGGCCAAGCAUAAACAGAUGGACAACUAUCAGCCUGACAUAGAUGGGAUGGUUGACCUAUCAGACCUAUGCCAGGUCAUCAGAGGUCGUGCUCGAUCUACCAUCUCUAAGGUCAGGGAAUACCAGGGGUCAUUUGCCAGUUACCGCUACCUCUGGACAGAUGACAGGUCAGAGUUUAUGAGACAGUUUCUUCUGUAUGGUCAUGUCCUGAGCACAGAGGAGGCUGAGCUCUAUGCAGAUUAUGAACUGACCAAGAACCCGCCCACACUGGACAACUUCAAAGAACAGAUCAGCCUGUUUGAGUCUCUGUAUGUGCGGGUUAGUAAAUUGGAUGACAAGAAGGUGUUCUAUGGCUGGCUACAGCUGGACAUCAAACCCUUUAAACUGGCUCUGAUGAAUGUUAUCAAGAGGUGGAGCUGGAUGUUUAAAGAGCACCUCCUCAACCAUGUCAAUCAGAGUGUGAUGGACUUGGCCUCGUUUGUCCAGGACACAUCCACAGGUCUGUCUAAGAAGGUGUCGGACGGGGACUAUGCUGGUCUGGUAGAAAUGAUGGGUUAUCUGAUGGCGAUGCGGGACAGACAGAUCAGUGACGAGCAACAUUUCAAACCCCUCAAGUCCACCUCAAACUUACUCAAGACCUACGGACAGCAGCUACCAGAGAGGGUUUAUACACAGCUGGAGGAACUGCCAGAGAAGUGGAAGAGUCUAAAGAAGGUUGCGUUUACAGUGAAACACGAGGUCGCCCCUCUGCAGUCCAACGAGGUCUCCGUCAUACGCAGGAAAUGUGUCCGCUUUGAGAUCAAGCAGCAUGAGUUCCGAGAGCUGUUUCGCCACGAGGUCAUCUUCAGAAUUGACACAGAUGAGCCUUACAGGCUAAUUGAUAAGUCUAACCGGGUCGUGGCGGUGCUGGAGGCAGAGAUGCAGAAGCUCCAGGACACCGCCGAUCUGUUUGAGGUCAGUUUCCCGGACUACAAGCAGCUUCGCCAGUGUCGCUCCGACAUCAUCCUGGUCAAAGCCGUCUGGGACAUGGUCAUCUUCGUCAAGACCAGUAUAGAGGACUGGACUAAGACACCGUGGAAACAGAUCAACGUGGAGCAAAUGGACACUGAACUGAGGAGGUUCGCCAAGGAAAUGAAGACCCUGGAUAAGGAGGUGCGUGUGUGGGAUGUGUAUCUGGGUCUGGAGUCGACGGUCAAGAACCUACUGACGUCUCUCAGAGCCGUCAAUGAGCUGCAGAACCCUGCUGUCAGGGAAAGACACUGGCAACAACUCAUGUCCACCACUGGGGUGCAGUUUGUGAUGUGGGAUGGAACCACUUUGGGAGACCUCCUGGAGUUGCAGCUCCACAGAGUGGAGGACGAGGUGAAAAACAUAGUGGACAAGGCUGUCAAGGAGAUGGCCAUAGAAAAGGUGCUGGCUGAGAUCGGUCAGACAUGGAGUGGGAUGGCCCUGUCUUAUGAGAAACACCCCAGUACUGGAACUCCACUGCUUAAGUCAGACGAAAACCUGAUUGAGACACUGGAAGACAACCAGGUCCAGCUGCAGAACAUCCUGAUGAGUAAGUAUGUGGAGUACUUCCAGACGGAGGUGAGCGGCUGGCAGAAGCGACUGAUGGUGGCUGACCUGGUCAUCUCCUCCUGGAUGUCUGUCCAGAGGACAUGGGCCCACCUCAACAGCAUCUUCACCAACAGCCAUGACAUCCGCUCUCAGCUGGCCCAUGAUGCCGAGCGAUUCCAGAGCAUACACUCAGACUUCCAGGACAUGAUGUCAGAGGUUGUCCAGACCAGUAACGUGGUGGAGGUCACCAACCACCCUGGCUUCCUGGAGAAGCUGGAGACUCUACAGCAAAGGUUGUCGGUGUGUGAGAAGGCCCUGGCUGAGUAUCUGGAAACCAAGAGACUGACCUUCCCUCGCUUCUACUUUGUCUCUGCCACAGACCUGCUGGAAAUCGUCUCCAAAGGGACACAACCCAAAGAGGUUACCAGGCACCUGUUGAAGCUGUUUGAUAAUGUGGCAGAUCUUCACUUCCAAGAUUCGGAGGGAGGGGGAGAGGGGGAGAAGAAAGAGGGAGAGGAUGAUGAACGGGAGGCGGUUGCCAUAGGAAUGUAUAGUCGAGAGGGGGAGUACGUAUCCUUCUCCGAACCCUGCAUCUGCAGGGGUCAGGCAGAGUGCUGGCUGAGUGAACUGGAGAGAACCAUGCGUUCUACUGUCCGGAAGGAGAUCCAGGAAGCUGUCUCUGCUUAUGAGGACAAACCCAGAGACCAGUGGCUGUUUGACUACCCGGCACAGGUUGGUCUGACAGGCAGUCAGGUGUGGUGGGCGACAGACGUAGGCAUCGCCUUUGAGAGGGUGGAGGAGGGCUUUGAGACCGCCCUGAAAGACUACAACAGAAAACAGGUCACCCAGCUGAACUCCCUGAUACACAUGCUACUAGGAGAUCUGAGCCCUGGCGACAGACAGAAGGUCAUGACCCUAUGCACCAUUGACGUGCACGCUCGCGACGUGGUCGCCAAACUCAUAGCGCAGAAGGUGGUGACAGGACAGGCGUUUGCAUGGCUCUCCCAGCUGCGUCACCGCUGGGAUGAUGUGACCAAACACUGUUACGUCAACAUCUGUGACGCUCAGUUCCAGUACUCAUAUGAGUACCUGGGGAAUACCAACAGACUGGUCAUCACUCCACUGACUGACAGGUGUUAUAUAACUUUGACCCAGUCUCUGCACCUGACGAUGAGUGGCGCCCCGUCUGGUCCAGCGGGCACCGGGAAGACGGAAACCACCAAGGACCUGGGCCGCUCCCUGGGCAUCAUGGUCUACGUGUUCAACUGCUCCGAGCAGAUGGACUACAAGUCCAUAGGGAACAUAUAUAAGGGCCUGGCCCAGACAGGCGUGUGGGGCUGUUUUGAUGAGUUCAACCGGAUCUCUGUGGAGGUGCUGUCUGUGGUGGCCGUGCAGGUGAAAACCAUCCAGGACGCCAUCCGGAACAGAAGACAGAGGUUCCUUUUCCUCGGGGAGGAGAUUGAGCUGAGGCCAACAGUAGGGAUCUUUAUCACUCUGAACCCAGGCUACGCUGGCAGAACCGAACUGCCGGAGAACCUCAAGGCCUUGUUCAGGCCGUGUGCCAUGGUGAUCCCUGAUUUUGAGUUGAUCUGUGAGAUCAUGCUGGUGGCUGAGGGAUUCAUCGACGCUCGCAUUCUCGCACGCAAAUUUAUCAGCCUGUACACGCUCUGCAAGGAGCUGCUCUCUAAACAGGACCACUAUGACUGGGGCCUGAGGGCCAUCAAGUCAGUGCUGGUGGUUGCUGGAUCACUGAAGAGAGAGGACAGGAGCAGACCAGAGGAACAGGUCCUGAUGCGAGCGUUAAGGGACUUUAACCUUCCUAAGAUAGUGACCAGUGAUGUCCCUAUAUUCCUGGGUCUGAUCAGUGACCUGUUUCCCCUGCUGGAUGUCCCCAGGAAGAGAGACCCAGAGCUGGAGGCCGCUGUACGACAGUCAGUCGGUCAACUACAUCUACAGCCUGAGGAAAACUUCAUACUCAAGGUGACACAGUUGGAGGAGCUUCUGGCUGUCAGACAUUCUGUGUUUGUAGUGGGAGGAGCUGGGACUGGGAAGAGUCAGAUCUUGAAGACCCUCCACAGAACCUAUGCCAACCUGAGGUUGAAGCCUGUGUGGCACGACAUUAACCCUAAAGCUGUGACCACGGACGAGCUGUUUGGUUUCCUGCACCCUGCGACCAGGGAAUGGAAGGACGGCCUGUUCUCCUUUACUAUGAGGGAGCUGACAAGGCAGGUUGGCCAUGAAGGACCCAAGUGGAUUGUUUUGGAUGGAGACAUAGACCCCAUGUGGAUAGAAUCCCUCAACACUGUCAUGGACGAUAACAAGGUGUUAACCUUGGCCAGUAAUGAGCGUAUCAGUCUGUCUCCCUCCAUGCGUCUGCUGUUUGAGAUCAGUCAUCUGAGAGCUGCCACCCCUGCCACUGUGUCCCGUGCUGGGAUACUCUAUGUCAACCCACAAGACCUGGGCUGGAGCUCCUAUGUGACAAGUUGGAUUGACACCCGGGAGGCCCAAUCGGAGCGAGCCAAUCUUACCAUUCUGUUUGACAAGUAUGUCCCAUAUUGCCUGGAGCAGGUCCGCUGUAACCUGAAGACCAUCACUCCUAUACCCGAGAACAGCAUGGUGCAGACACUGUGUUCCUUGUUGGACUGCCUGCUGACAGAAGACAACACGCCUCCUGACUCUCCCAGAGAACUCUAUGAGAUCUACUUUGUCUUUGCCUGUGUCUGGGCUUUUGGAGGUGCUCUGUUCCAGGACCAUCUGAUAGACCAUCGUGCCGAGUUCAGCCGUUGGUGGUCCAAGGAGAUGAGAGCAGUGAAGUUCCCUUCACAGGGCACAGUGUUCGACUACUUCAUAGACUCAGACACUAAGAAGUUCACUCCCUGGAGUGAGCGGACGCCCCAGUUUGAACUAGAGCCCGAUGUCCCAUUACAGACGGUGCUGGUCCACUCUGCCGAGACCACCUGUCUGACAUACCUCAUAGACCUGCUGCUUCAGAAGGGGAAGCCUGUGAUGUUGGUGGGGAACGCUGGAGUGGGGAAGACCAUCCUGGUCUCUGAUAAAGUAGCCCAGCUCAAGGAGGACUACAUGGUGGCUAAAGUCCCCUUCAACUACUACACCACCUCGGCCAUGCUCCAGCGUGUGUUGGAGAAGCCCCUGGAGAAGAAGGCCGGGCGUAACUAUGCUCCUCCUGGAACCAAGAAGCUCAUCUAUUUUAUUGAUGACCUCAACAUGCCAGAGGUGGACCUGUACGGCACUGUCCAACCUCACACACUCAUACGCCAGCACCUGGACUACAACCACUGGUACGACAGACAGAGGCUGGCCCUGAAAGAGAUCCAUAACUGUCAGUACAUCACCUGUAUGAAUCCCACAGCGGGGAGCUUCUCAGUCCACCCCAGACUACAGAGGCAUUUCUCAGUGUUUGCAGUUCAUUUCCCUAGCGCUGAGGCAUUAGCCACCAUCUACACUAGCAUCUUGUCAGCCCACUUCAUUCAGGGGGGCUUCAGCUACGGCGUCUCUCGCUCUGUUGGAACACUCAUACAGGCAGUCAUCUGUCUCCAUCAGAAGAUCAGUCAGAACUUCUUCCCCACAGCCAUACGCUUUCACUAUAUCUUCAACCUGAGGGACCUCUCCAACAUCUUCCAGGGUAUCCUGUUUGCUCUGCCGGAGUGUGUGCGUUACCCCAUCGACCUGGUCCACCUGUGGCUCCAUGAGUCUUCCAGGGUCUACUCUGACAAACUGAUGGAGGAGAAGGAUGUGGAACUCUUCAACAAGAUCCUGCUGGACACUGGCAAGAGAUACUUUGAGGGAAUAGACGAGUCUGUCUUCAUCCACCAGCCCUUGGUGUUUUCUCAUUUUGCCCAUGGGUUGGGGGAGCCCAAGUACCACCAGGUGUCACACUGGGACAAGCUGUACAAGACCCUGGCUGAUGCCCUGGAACACUACAACGAGCUGCAUGCCGUCAUGAACCUGGUGCUGUUUGAGGAGGCCAUUCAACAUGUAUGUCGAAUCAGUCGUAUCCUGGAGGCUCCCCAUGGAAACGCCCUGCUGGUGGGGGUGGGGGGCAGUGGGAAGCAGAGUCUGUGUCGCUUGGCGGCCUUCAUAAGUACCCUGGAGGUGUUCCAGAUCACACUGAGGAACGGCUAUGGAAUACAUGACCUACGGAGUGAUAUUGCAGCACUGUACAUCAAGGUGGGGGUGAAGAAUAUUGGGACAGUCUUCCUUCACACAGACGCUCAGAUCCCUGACGAACGCUUCCUGGUCCUCAUCAAUGACAUGCUGGCAUCAGGGGACAUCCCAGACCUGUUCAGUGAGGAGGAAGUGGAUAUGAUCGUGACAUCCAUCCGUAUGGAGCUGAGAGGCCUGGGCCUGAUGGAUGACAGAGACAACUGCUGGCUUUUCUUCAUUGAGAGGAUACGACGACAACUUAAGGUGGUCUUGUGUUUCUCCCCGGUAGGGUUCACUCUGCGUACCCGUGCUCGGAAAUUCCCAGCCCUGGUCAACUGUACGGCCAUAGACUGGUUCCAUUCCUGGCCUCAGCUGGCUCUACAUUCUGUCAGCAUCUCCUUCAUAGAGAAGAUACCUGGCCUGGAGCCAGAUGUACGUGCCUCCAUCAGUGAGUUCAUCUCCUAUGCCCAUACCAGUGUUAAUGAGGUGAGUGUGAAGUACCAGCAGAAUGAGAAGCACUUCAACUACACCACCCCCAAGAGCUUCCUGGAGUUUAUUAAGCUGUACAGUAACCUGCUUGGGGCAAAACGCAGAGAGCUGAGCCAGAAGGUAGACAGACUGGAGAAUGGCCUGCAGAAACUACUGACCACAGCCUCACAGGUGGAGGAUCUGAAGGCUAAGUUAGCAACGCAGGAGGUGGAGCUGUGGCAGAGGAACAUGGACACAGAGGCUCUGAUCGCCAAGAUCGGCCAGCAGACAGACAGACUGAACCAGGAAAGGGCUGUGGCUGAUGCAGAGGAACGAAGGGUAGAAGCCAUCCAGGCUGAGGUGACCAUGCAGCAACAGCAGAGUGAAGAAGACCUGGCUAAGGCUGAACCAGCUCUCCAGGCAGCUAACGCAGCCCUGAAUACACUCAACAGGCUAAACCUGACCGAGCUGAGGACGUUCCCCAACCCUCCAGUCAUAGUAACUAACGUGUCGGCUGCUGUCCUGGUGCUAUUGGCUCCUCAUGGUAAAAUACCCAAGGACCGCAGCUGGAAAGCUGCCAAAGUAGUCAUGAGCAAGGUGGAUGACUUCCUGCAGGCGCUUGUGAACUUUGACAAGGAGCACAUCCCAGAGGCGACGGUGAAGUGUGUCAGAGAUGAGUACCUCAGUGACCCAGAGUUCAACCCUGAGUUUGUCAGACUCAAGUCCUCCGCCGCCGCUGGCCUCUGUGCCUGGGUCAUUAACAUCAUACGCUUUCAUGAGAUGUAUGUGUUCUGUGAGGUCGAGGGGAAGAAGCUCUGUCUGUCUCAGGCUAAUGCUGAUCUGGCAGAGGCUGCAGACAAACUAGAAGCCAUUAGAAAGAAACUAGCCGAGCUGGACAGCAGCUUGGACACUCUGACAGCUGCGUUUGAGAAGGCGACGUCUGAGAAGCUUCGCUGUCAGGACGAGGUGAACCGCACCAACAAGACCAUUGAACUGGCCAAUCGCCUGGUCAAAGGACUUGAGUCAGAGAAUGUGCGUUGGGCCCACUCUGUAGCCGGGUACCAUGAGCAGGAGGAGACUCUGUGUGGAGACAUUCUGCUGACUGCAGCCUUCAUCUCCUACGCUGGGUCCUUCUCUAAGAAGUAUCGUAGGGAACUCCUGGAGAACCUCUGGAUGCCCUUCCUGCGUGGCCAGAAGACCCCCAUCCCCAUGACCGAGGGGCUGGAUCCAGUUGUUAUGGUGACUGAUGAUGCUACCGUGGCUCAGUGGAACAACGAGGGGUUGCCGGGUGACAAGAUGUCCACUCAGAACGGCACCAUCCUCACCAAUUGUGAACGCUGGCCUCUUCUUAUCGACCCCCAGCUGCAGGGCAUCAAGUGGAUCAAGAUUCACUAUGGCAACAACCUCAAGGUGGUCAGCCUGGGACAGAAAGGGUAUGUGGAUGUCAUAGAGCAGGCCGUGGUGACAGGAGACACUGUUCUCAUAGAGAAUCUGGAGGAGUCCAUCGACCCAGUCAUAGACCCUCUACUGGGACGACACACCAUCAAGAAGGGCAGUUGUAUAAAGGUGGGGGAUAAAGAGUGUUUGUUCAACCCAGCAUUCAGACUGAUCCUCCACACUAAGCUGGCUAACCCCCACUAUAAACCUGAGAUCCAGGCCCAGACAACCCUAAUCAAUUUCACAGUGACAAGAGACGGCCUGGAGGACCAGCUGCUCGCCCAGGUGGUCAAUCUGGAGAGACCCGACCUGGAACACCUCAAGAGUGACCUGACUAAGCAGCAGAACCUGUUUAAGAUCGAGCUGAAGCUGCUGGAAGAUGAGCUGCUAGGACGUCUCUCCGCUGCUGAGAGCAACUUCCUGGGAGAUAACGUCUUGGUUGAAAAACUAGAGACCACCAAGCACACGGCUGCAGAAAUCGAGAUGAAGGUUCUGGAGGCGAAGGUGAACGAGGUGAAGAUCAACGAGGCCAGGGAACACUAUCGUCCUGUAGCGGUCAGAUCCUCUCUUCUCUACUUCAUCAUGAACGACCUCAGCAAGAUCAACCCUAUGUACCAGUUCUCACUCAAGGCCUUUAAUGUGGUGUUCCACAAGGCAGUGAAGCAGGCGGAGGUUUGUGAGGACGUGAGGAGCAGAGUCAACACUCUGAUAGAUGGUAUCACCUACUCCACCUUCAACUACAUCAGCAGAGGUCUGUUUGAGAGAGACAAACUGACCUUCACAGCUCAGCUCACCUUUCAGUUGUUGCUGAUGAGUAAGGAGAUUGAUGCACGAGAACUUGAUUUCCUGCUCCGCUUCAACAUCGACCACAGCUACACCUCUCCUGUAGACUUCCUCUCCAGCCAGGCCUGGAGCGCCAUUAAGACAAUGAGUUUCACAGAGGAAUUCCGUGGUUUGGACCGGGAUAUCGAGGGCUCCCCAAAACGCUGGAAAAAGGUGGUGGAGUCCGAAUGUCCUGAGAAAGAGAAGUUUCCUCAGGAGUGGAAGACGAAGACUUCCCUCCAGAAACUGAUCAUGAUGAGGGCACUCAGAUCCGAUAGGAUGACCUAUGCUGUCAGGAACUUUGUGGAGGAGAAGUUGGGGGUCAAGUAUACAGAGGGUAGGAAGACCGAGUUUUCUAAGUCCUUCAGAGAGAGUGGUCCAGCCUCUCCCGUCUUCUUCAUCCUUUCUCCUGGAGUUGACCCACUCAAAGAUGUUGAGUCACUAGGCAGGAAGUUGGGCUUCACCAUUGAUCUGGGAAAACUCCACAAUGUGUCUCUGGGACAGGGGCAGGAGGCUGUAGCUGAAGUUGCCAUGGAGAAGGCUGCUAAGGAGGGACACUGGGUUAUCCUUCAGAACAUUCAUCUAGUUGCUCGCUGGCUGGGCUCAUUGGAGAAUCUUCUGGAACGCUGCUGUGAGGGCAGUCACCAGGACUACAGAGUGUUUAUGAGUGCUGAACCAGCCCCUACACCGCAGGAGCACAUCAUCCCUCAGGGCAUCCUGGAGAAUGCCAUCAAGAUCACCAACGAGCCUCCGACCGGAAUGCAUGCCAACCUCCAUGCUGCUCUGGACAACUUUGACCAGGACAUAUUGGACCAGUGCAGCAGAGAGCAGGAGUUUAAGACCAUCCUGUUCUCUCUGUGUUACUUCCAUGCCUGUGUGGCUGAGAGGCGCAAGUUCGGUCCCCAGGGUUGGAAUCGGAAGUACCCCUUUAACACUGGGGACCUCACCAUCUCCGUCAAUGUCCUUUACAACUACCUGGAGGCCAACUCUCAGGUGCCGUGGGAGGACCUGCGCUAUCUGUUUGGUGAGAUCAUGUAUGGAGGACAUAUCACAGAUGACUGGGACAGACGACUCUGCAGAACCUACCUGGAGGAAUACAUGCAACCCAACCAGUUUGACAGGAAUUUAUCUCUGGCUCCUGGCUUUGUGGUUCCUUCCAACCUGGACUACCAGGGCUACCACAGCUACAUAAAUGAGAUGCUUCCCCACGAGAGCCCAGUGCAUUAUGGGUUACACCCCAACGCGGAGAUCGAGUUUCUGACGGUGACCUCCGAUAAUCUCUUCCACACGCUGCUGGGGCUGCAGUCACCUGACUCAGUGAUGGGUGAGGGGGCUUCCCAGACCGUGGAAGAGAAGGUGAAGACCAUCCUGGACGAGGUGCUGGAGAAGCUUCCGGAGGAAUACAACAUGUCAGACAUCACGUCGAAGACGACGGAGCGAUCCCCGUACAUCGUGGUCUGCUUCCAGGAGUGCGAACGUAUGAACACGCUCCUCUACGAGAUCCGACGCUCACUCAAGGAGCUGGACCUUGGGCUGAAGGGUGAAUUAGCCAUCUCCUCAGAGAUGGAGCAGCUACAGUCGGCUCUGUUCUUGGAUAACGUCCCGGACACCUGGACCAAACUGGCCUACCCCUCCACAUACAGCCUGGCCCAGUGGUACAGUGAUGUGUUACUGCGCUGUAGAGAGCUGGACAGCUGGACACAGGACUUGACUCUGCCCUGCGUGGUCUGGCUCUCUGGACUCUUUAACCCACAGUCCUUUCUUACAGCGGUGAUGCAGUCUUUAGCUCGCAAGAAUGAAUGGCCGUUAGACAAAAUGCACCUGACUGUGGACGUGACUAAGAAGUUUAAGGAAGAGUUUAACCAGCCUGCCAGAGAGGGAGCGUAUGUGUAUGGACUAUACAUGGAAGGUGCGAGGUGGGACAUUCAAGGCGGGGUGAUCACAGAGGCCUGUCUGAAGGAGCUAACCCCCCCCAUGCCGGUCAUUUCCGUCCGAGCAGUACCUAACGACAGACAGGAGACGCGGAACAUCUACGAGUGUCCGCUGUACAAGACCAAGCUGAGAGGAACCACCUACGUCUGGACCUUCAGUCUCAAGACCAGAGAGAGACCUGCCAAGUGGGUCUUGGCCGGGGUGGCUCUGCUGCUUAGUGUGUGAGAGGUCGGGGCAGGAAGGACAGUGUGCUGCUCUACACAACCUCCGCUUCAAUGUUUUCUUUUGUUGUUCAGUGUGUUUGGUCAAUGUUGAAAAAUGUUACUAUAGGUCAGCUACUUGGGUCACUGUCAUCUUUCAAACCGGAAUGGAUGCUGCUAAUUAAAGGUGGAAGAGAUUUGUGGACUAUUAACUAUAUGAAAUUCUUAUCUUCUCCAUAUGAUGAUAAAUAAAAAGAAAAUGAA